AUGGUGACGGUGAGACCCACCACCACCCCUACCUACCGCGACAACGGGAGCUUGGGGACCAUUCUCGAAGUACCCGAUUCUCCACCGCAACCCAGUAAACCAGAGUUGCGCGUCGGCGUGGACAGUGUCGUACGCGUCAUUGCCCGCAUGUCCGGUUUCGUCGCCAAGCUUCCCCUGCGUGUGCCGUUGGAGACAGAUUUGGGGGGACAAUUGGGGCGUUGGUUGGAUCAAGCGCACGUGCAAAAGUGGGAAGGCCGACCCGGGAUGACCUCUGCCGACUGUCGUGAGGAUCUGGAUCGGCUCGAUCAGAUGCGACGCAACGUCUACACUGCCUGUCGACACGGCGUCGCCGACGCCCUCCCCCACUUGCACGUCUUGCAAGAAUACGCGGCGGCCCUCGAACUCUGUGAAGAGCAAGGCUUUCCGUACAACAGCGGUGCCGUUGAUGAUUCUGGAACAACUCGUGACGACGAACACGAUCGGCAACAUCGACACAAAUUGAACAAACGAGGACAGCAACAUCAUUCACCGCUAUCGUCUGCAUCGCUCGGAAACAGCAGCCUUGCCAACAUGCUUGAAUUCCCCUGGAAGUCUUCCGAUAAUCAGGAAGAAGUCGACGGUACCUUGGCGUGGGAACGUGCCAACGUCCUUUGGAAUCUCGCCAUCGUGCAAGCCCACCAGGCCUACGCCGUCGAGAAGACACCCAACAAUCCACAGUCUCGCACCGCCUGGAAACAAGCUGGUUUGCAUUUGCAAACUGCCGCCUCACUUUUGCGGUAUUUGCAAACGGAUCUUUUACCGGCCGCUACGGAACGCUCUUUUCCGUCACACGAUUUGUCGGCCUCCUUCUUGACACUCUGGGAGCGCUUUUGUUUGGCCGAUGCGCAGUACGCCUUUUACCAAGCGGUUGCGGCGGCGCCCCGUCCUUUGCACGCUCUGCUGGCCAAGGUAUCGGCCGCGGCAAUUCCACUCUACGGCGUCUGUGAAGAAUUGCUUCUCGACGACGACGAUUACGGUCUCGAUACGAGUAGCUCAGCGAGUAUCACUGCAAACGCCAGUGCUACCGGCCACGCGGCGGCUAACCAGUUCCGCAGUAAGCGAUUACAAAUUUGGGGCGACGCGGUGCGGGCCUGGGGAAUGUGGAUGAGUGCCUUGUGUGAAUAUCAUCAGGCGCAAACCCACGCGGACAAGGGUGAACGGGGUCCCGCCCAUGCACGCCUCGAAGCGGCACAGAAAUUUGGAUCUCUCUGUCUCGAUUUCUGUAACAGCGAGGAAGAAUCGCUCUUGGACGAUUUGGCGGAGCUAGUCUACGUAACCUUGCAAGAUAUGGAGACGCAAUUGGAACAAGCGGAGCAAGCCAACAGACUAGACCCGGUCGACAUUCCCGAUCGGAACGAUUUGCCCGAAGUUCCACCCCAAACCAUGGUCGAAGUCGAAAAGGACGUAUCGAGUAGUUUGCCAAAGCUGGCACCACCGCUCUUUACCAGUGGUCCCGGUUCUGUGCUGCGUCGGUACGAGCAAACCUUUCGAUACGACAUGCAGCGGCUCCUCACUAACACCACGCUCGCCGCCGAAGAUAAAACGGAUCAAGGACGACGAGCUUUGGCGACAGUUAAUUUGCCGCAUUCUGUUACAGCCUACCAACAGGAAAGUCAGGGUGGGGGCAUUCCGGACGCUCUGUGGGAAAGGGUCCGAGUAGUGCAAGACCAAGACAUGCUUCGAGAAUUAAAACAAUCGGUUUGGGAAUUAUGUGAUAUUGCCGAACGGGCGCGUUCGUUGUACCAGACUGUUCAAGAAAAUUUGAAAGAAGAUCUGCGGGUGGAUUCUCUAUUUCGCAGUCAAAAUAGUACGUUUGAAGGACACAAUGUAUCGCAAGUUCAAAAGAGUUUUCACACAACACUCGAGAACUACGAUUCGUUGCUGACGUCAGCUCGGGAAGGGGACCAGCUUGUUAUGCAACGCGUCGAAUUGCUCGAUACAGAUCCAAAGUAUAAGUUGCUACAGUUUCGGAAAUCGCAACUGGAUAGACUCUUGCCUGCGGGAGAUCAGAAUGUGGACGUGUCCACGCUCAGUCGAAUGCUAGUGGAAUUGUCGGCCUUGUUUCAGCGCCGCGACGUUUCGCUAGAGGAGUUGCGCAACAAAAUGGAGGCGUAUGAUUUUACGGGUGAAUUGGUGCAGGUGGAUGAGCUUGGUCUGGAGGCAGAAGCUGAAUACAAAGCAGUUUUUCAGCGGGCGAAGGAUUCCUUUCAAGGAGCGUUGAACGGAAUUGAACGAAGUAUGGAGGAGCAGUCGAGGUUGGUACGUGAAAUUUUGACGGAAAACGAUAUUUUCAUGCACGAACGCGAAAACAGUCGUGCGAAAGGGAGCACUGACCGAAGCAUCACGAUGAUUGAAGAUGCAGUAGACGAAGUGGAGCAAUUGUCCACUCAUUUGAAGGAGGGGCGGGAUUUUUACGAUUCGGUCCUGCCCAAAUUGGAAAAGCUUCGCAAACAAGUUGGCGAUGUCAGUGCCCGUCUCACAAUGGAGCGGUGUGAAUAUGAAGACAACACCCAGCGGAACCGACAAGAAGCCGAUGACGCACGUAUGGCCGCCAAUUUGUCUGAUCACGGUCAAGGUCAACAAACGCAAACCUCUAUACGGUAUAUCGACAAUGGAAGUGGCUCGUCCCCUAGGCGUCCUAUGGACCGUGUGGCGACCCCUGGCAUGCAUCCAGUAUCCCACGAGCUUCCUCAAGUACGCGUAGACGACGAAAAGGUCGCAAGUUUGGUAGCCAUGGAUUUCGAUCCUAACCGAGUCUUUGCAGCUUUGUUACGAUACGACAACAACUUUGAGCAAGCUUUGAAUGAUCUGUUGUCGGGAUAG